AUGCAAGCGCCAUUCCUUCACAUACUCCUUCUCUCCCUCUCUUUAACCUCUACAACAUUUGCAGCACCAAAACCAUCCCUCUUGCCCCUCUUCACGCCAAACCCAAACCCGCAGCCACGCUCCCUUCACCCUCGCCCAUUUCCAUCCGAAUCCCCAUCCACAACCCAACUAUGCACCUUUUCUCUCCACCACCGCCACCACGCCCCAUCACCAUCUACAUCUUACAUCCUUCCCCCCAUCUUAACUGACCACGCCAACGCUCUCACCAUCGACAUUGCACUCCUCCGGCCCCGCGAAGCGUACCACAGUUUUGUGCGCGUGAGCGAGACGCGUGAGUUUAGGAUUGCAGGGCUGCUUGGGGGGCAGAAUCUGACGAUUCGGGGGACGGAAGACGGAGGGUUGGUGUUCGGGGUGGACGGUGGGGCCUUGAGCCGACGCUUAAGCUGGCGGAGUGAUGGGCUUGAUGGAGAGAGGGAGGAAGAGGGCAAAGGGGAAGGGCGGGAAGCGUGGUGUGUGAGCGGGGAAUGGAGUGUUGGCACCACGGGUAUGAGUCGUGUGAGUCUUAUUCUUUUCUCUCCCCCACCAUUCUCGUCGGGAUGGCAGUUGGAUGGAAGGAGGAAGAGGAGGGAAGUGUCCACUGAGCUUGAGAGCCAUACUAACACGCCCAUCUCCCUCACUUCAGGAACGAAGACUCCACUGUGCUUUUCCCUGCGAGAAGAUCUUCGACAAGGAAGGAGGGGGGGAUGA